GAGGGGAGGCGGGCCCGGACGGGCUCCAGGGGAGGGCCCGGCCCGUCCGCGGCCCGUCCCGACGGGGCUCUCCCGCCCCGUCCCGUCCCGACUCACCGCACUGACGAUCCGCGCCAGCACCUGCGGCUGCUGUACGAAACGGACCAGGUCGAAGGCGCCGCCAGCCUUCGCCGCCCCGUAGGCGCCGCUGCCGCCGCCCUCCAUCGCGUUCCGCCGCCGCUCCUGCGCGGCACCGCCCCGGGAGGGCCGGGCCGGGCGGUCCCGUGGCGCUGGGGCGGGGCGGGCUCGGGCCGGCGGGACCGGGGCUCCCCCGCCCGGACGCAGAGGGCCGCGCUCGUCCCGCGCUGCACCCCGGUGCCCCGCUCCGUCCCUAUCUCCGCCCCGGUGUAACGGGGACGGGCAGCACCGCCCCCACGGCCCGGCCGGCGGCGGGUCCCGGUGAGGGCGGCCGAGGGGAAACAGGGGCUUUGUGGGGCUCCCGCCGCCCCCGCCCGGUACCGGGAGACGGCAGGAACGGCGGGGCGGGCAGGGCUCGGUGCUCCCCGCCCUCCCCGCGGAUCCGCACCCACACCGGCCCACGGCCCCGGCGGAGGCGGCGGGAGCCCCGAGGGGCGUCCCGUCGGUUCCCGGUAUCGGGGCGGGCGGGAGCUGCCGCGGAGCUCCGGAGCCGCCGUCUGCCCCGAGCAGCCUUAGCCCGCUCCGGGGGCAGAGGGAGUUGCGGAGCCCGAGGGUUGGUGGAGGAGGGGAGGAAGGAGACGACGCUGGACACCGGCGGGAGCGGGCGGGGGGACACGGCGGCGGAGCACGGGGGAGUCUGUGCUCCCAUGUGUCCUCUUGGGGCCGGUUCGGACCCCUCCCGAGCCGUGCGCUGGGGCUGGUGCUUGGAGGCUCCGUCCCUGCCCCUGAGGGUCCCGGGACGGCGGGCGAGCUCCUCCCGCGCGGGACCGGCACCGCCCUAUCCGCCCGUUCUUACUUCCUGCCGCUGCCGGGUUGGCCCCGGGGUUAGUCCCGGGUUUAGGCCCGCAGACCGCGCGCUCCCGCCUGCCCCGGAUCCCGCACGCAGUGGCUGCGGUUCCAUCCUCGUCCAGCGGGCCGGCAGCGCGCGGGGGAACCGGGGGCAGGGGCCACUGACGCCCGUCCGCUCGCCGCGGCAGGGCCCGUGUCGGAGGGACCUGCUCGGCCCCGCAGGAUGUCCCAGCCGCCCUCCAUCACCCUCCACGUCCCCGAGGGCACCGAGAGCGAUGGCCAGGAGCCGAGCCCGGACAGCGAGAGAGCCCUGCACACCUCCUUCCACCAGCUUAUCCUGGAGCAGAGCAGCUUGAUCGAGGCAGGUCUGGAGCUGGAGAUGAAGGAGAGGGACAGAGAGUCCCCGGCCUGCCUGGCUCCCCCAGACGCCUGUGCCGCGGCCUGGCCAGAGCCAGGGCAGGGUGAGCAGUGCCCUGGCUACUCCUCCGCCUCCCUGCAGAUCCUGGCCAGCAUGCCCAGCCGCACCAUCGGACGCAGCCUCGGGGCCAUCAUCUCCCAGUACUGCAACCGUACGGCCCGGCUGCGGCGCCGGAGCAGCCGCCCGCCCCUGCAGCAGCUGUGCCGUGCGGCGCGGCCCAGCCUGCGGCAGUACGACCUGGACACUGACCCUGCCAGGGCCACGCUGGAAGACAAGUGGAGCCUGCUGGUGAAGGAGCUGCUGAGCCUCUCGCCCUACCAGCGCAGCCAGAUGCUGCUCACUUUGCCCAUCAGCCUGGCAGAGAAACGCACCCUCCGGCGGCAGGUGAACAGGCAGAGGGGCCUCCUGAGGCAGCAUGCCCAGCACUGGGCCCCCUCCUCGCCCUGUGGAUGGUCCAUCGUCUACGUCGGCCUCGGCUGCCGAGGUCUCUGGUACAGGCUGCUCUCCCUGCUCCGCACCGCGCAGCCCUGGCACUACACCUUGAAGCAAAUCAGUGGCCGCUUUGGCUCCAGCGUCCUCUCCUACUUCCUCUUCCUCAAGACGCUCCUUAUGUUCAACUUCUUCUCAUUUCUCAUCCUCCUGGCCUUCGUGGUGGCCCUGCAGGCUGUGUACCCCCCUCCCUCGGCCAGCCCCCCCCCCUUCACCGGCCUGGAGCUCCUCACAGGAGCGGGCUACUUCACACACUCACUGCUGUACUAUGGCUACUACAGCAACGUCACCCUCAAUGACCCCUGCACCCCUGGCUCCAAGGGCAGCGCGUGCCCCCCCGCAGCCCCCCCGUUCCCGUACAACAUGCCGCUGGCCUACCUGUUCAGCGUUGGGGUCUCCUUCCUCGUCACCUGCAUCCUGCUGGUGUACUGCGUGUCCUGCUCUUUUCGGGAGAGCGUGGGAAGCUCCUUGGGGGACCUGGCUGCCAAAGUCUUCUGCGCCUGGGACUUCAAGGUGAUCCAGAGGCGCUCAGUGAAGCUGCAGUGUGAGAACUUCUGCACCCAGCUGAAGGAGCUGCUGGCAGAGCAGCGUUCCCGCUCCCACUCCCAGAGCCUCUGCCAGCGCCUGAGGCACUGCAUCGUGGUACUCCUGGCCUGGACCCUGGCACUGGGCUCGGUGCUGGGCUGCACACUGGCUGUGCACCACUUGUCUAAGCACAUGCAUGUGGUUCAGCAGGAGCAGCGAGCACAGGGCAGUGGCAGGUGGCAGCAGGAAGCCAUCCUGCUGGUCCUGCCCCUCGUGGUAUCCCUCCUCAAUGCACUGAUGCCCCACCUGUACAACUUGCUGGCGAUGUGGGAGAAGCAGGACUCCCCUGUGACACAGGUCUACGUGGCCAUCUGCAGGAACCUCAUUCUGAAGAUGGUGGUCCUCAGCCUGCUGUGUUUCCAGUGGCUCAGCCGGAGUGUUGUCUGCUCAACAGAGGAGUGCUGGGAGACAUGUGUGGGGCAGGACCUUUAUCGCUUUGUGGUGAUGGAUUUCAUAUUCACCUUGCUGGACACGCUCUUUGGGGAGCUGGUGUGGAGGCUGAUCCUGGAGAAGAGGCUGAGGCAGAGGCCCGAGUUUGACAUUGCCCGAAAUGUGCUGGAGCUGAUCUACGGGCAGACCCUGACCUGGCUGGGCAUUCUCUUCGCUCCACUCCUGCCGGCCGUGCAGAUGCUGAAGCUGCUGCUGCUGUUCUAUAUCAAAAAGACCAGCCUGAUGCGGAACUGCCAGUCCCCCAGCAAGCCCUGGCAAGCGUCGCAUAUGAGCACCAUUUUCAUCACCCUGCUGUGCUUCCCCUUCUUCCUGGGUGCAACCAUCUUCCUCUCCUACACCAUCUGGUCGGUGCAGCCAUCAGAAACGUGCGGACCCUUCCGGGGGCUAGAAACCAUCUACAAAUCAGGGAAGAGCUGGGUGCUAGUGCUGCAGAAGUCCAACCCCAACAUCACUUGGUUCGCCUGGGUCCACCAGCACCUGGUGGAGAACACCUUCCUCCUGUUCUUCACGUCCGGGGCCCUCCUAGCUGUGAUCUACUUCUACAUCCAAGUGGUGAGAGGCCAGCAGAGGGUCAUCUGCCUGCUCAGGGAGCAGAUCGCCAAGGAGGGGGAAGAUAAGAUAUUUCUCAUGCAGAAGCUUCACUCCGUUUAUGAGCAGCGAGAGAGACGUGCCUGAGGCCCAGGUAAGGCUGGCAUGAAGGGCUGGAUCUGUCCAUCACAAUACUGUGCUGGAAGCUGCAGGACCAGAGGAUGCUGGGGAAGAUCCUCCCUGCUUGCUGUGGCCAAGGACCCAUUGAGGCAUGUCAAUAGGAAUGCCAUGGCACAGGGAUGCAGGUGCUCCUGCUGCCUGGAGCUGCUGGGAUGCAGCACAUGCAGAACUAGGACUGCUGUCACACCCCAGGGCACAGCAGUGGGGCUGCCUCACCAGCACAGCCCUGCUCUGUGGGUGGUCACUGCUUGCAGAGAACAGCUCUUCAGCUCUCCUCCCUACCAGCACACUGGCCCCAUGGAGAAUGGCCCUGGGCUGUUUUCAGAAUCCUUUGGAGACAGCAGAGCUUUCUGGAUGGAGAAACCUGCAGCCCAUUUCACGUUGUCCAGGGGCAGCAAGGAUGGAACUGGGAGCUGCCAGGCACUGACAGGGCUGACCCAGCUCCAGCCCUGUGCCUGGCUCGCCAGGAGAGCAGCUGUCUGAUCCCAGUCCCACGAAAAAGGCCUCUGGGCCACCCCAGCAGCCCUACACACACUGCACCAGCUGGCAAGACGGACUCAGAAGAACCACUGUGGUGCUGGGCUGAGCAGGGACCCCAUGGGCUCAGGCUGACCUGGCCCAUUAAAGUGCUGCUGCACAGGA